AUGUCAGCCAUCCUCUCCGCCGACGACUUGAACGACUUCAUCUCGCCCGGCGUCGCCUGCAUCAAGCCCAUCGAGACCCUGCCCGCGACAGCCCCACCCCACCCCGACUGCAGCAACACCACCGAGCAGCAGCUCGAGCACGAAGUGAUCCUCGACGGCCUCCCUGGCAGCACCAACACGACGGCAACCCCAAACGCGCCCGCCGAGAUCUCCCUCACAGACUGCCUCGCGUGCUCCGGGUGCGUGACGUCGGCCGAGGCCGUGCUCGUCAGCCUGCAGAGCCACGCCGAACUGCUCAGCGUGCUGGACGCGGCGCCCGGCCUGCGGGUAACACCACAACGAAAUGGGAACGAGGAGAAGGGUGUGGGUGCGGGUGUGGGUGCGUGGAGGGUCGAGGGGCUGGAGAACCCAGACAGCAAGCUCUUCGUCGCCAGCGUAUCGCCGCAAACGCGCGCCAGUCUCGCCGCGGCCGUUGGAGGCAACCUCAGCGAGCGGGAUGCCGGACGCAUGGUGUCUCAGCUGCUGAUGGGCGAGGGCGGGCUGCGCGCCGGCGGACGCUGGAACAACGCCUUCACGUGGGUGACGGACACAAACGCGGCGCGGGAGGCCUGUCUCGUGCUCGGCGCCGAGGAGGUGCUGGCCGAGUCCACCACACAAGUCGCAAAGCCCAUCCUGACGUCGAGCUGUCCGGGCUGGGUGUGCUACGCCGAGAAGACGCACCCCCACGUGCUGCCGCACGUCUCGCGGAUAAAGUCGCCACAGGCGCUGAUGGGGACGCUGCUGAAGACGACGCUGAGCCGGGUGCUAGGGAUCUCUCCGGACCGGAUAUGGCACCUUGCGGUCAUGCCGUGUUUCGACAAGAAACUGGAGGCUAGUCGCGAGGAGCUGACAGAUUCGGUCUGGAACGGGGAUGGGCAGCCCGGAAGGGGCGUGCGGGACGUGGAUUGCGUUAUCACGAGCAAGGAGAUACUAAUGCUCACUGAGUCAAGGGGUAUCGAUUUCUUCAAUCUAUCCAAAGCGCCCAUACCUAAGUCUUUACGGACACCGUUUCCCGACCCUACUCUCCAGAACUUCAUAUUCCCUCCACGUCGGACCGGCCAGUCAGAUCUCGUGGCUGGAACUUCGGGAGGCAACCUAUACUACACCUUGCAAUACGUCGCUUCCCGACACCCCGGAUCCAAGCUGGAGUUGGUGCGUGGCAAAAAUGCCGACGUGUUUGAGUACAACGUCAUCUCAGCAUCUGGUGAGCCUGUCAUGAAGGCCGCGCGAUGUUAUGGCUUCCGGAAUAUCCAGAAUCUGGUCCGAAAAUUAAGGCCGGCGAGACCGUCGCGGAUGCCAGGCGGGAAAGUAGUCGGUAGAAGGCCCGUGGGUAAGCCAGCUGGUCUGGAAUAUUCCUAUGUCGAGGUCAUGGCAUGUCCUGGCGGUUGUACCAACGGUGGAGGCCAGAUCAAGAUUGACGACCCCGUGGUCGCUGAUCGGAAGGGUCUCGAGUCGAAGCCAGGGCCGCUAGAGCAGAAGCAGUGGCUGGCCCAAGUCGACGAAGCGUAUUUUUCGGCGGAGGAUUCGGAGACGGAUGACGCCAACGAGAGCUUCGUGCCGAGCGGCGGAGCAAGAGGUGACGAGGUCGGAGGCAUUUCUCCAUCAUAUAUUCGGGAUACCCUGGCGCUUUGGAGUAGCAUAACAGGUAUAGACAUGGAUAGACUAGUGUCGACGAGCUACCGGGAGGUCGUGAGCGACGUUGGCAAGGACAAGGCUAGCGACACAGAGCGAGUAGUCCAGCUCGCCGGCAAGAUCGGUGGCGGUUGGUAG